AUGGACAAUGAGAACUACAUCGGUGUCAUAAGAGAACCAUGUUCGAACUUCACACCAUACGAGAAUUUCAACAGACGUGAGUUUGACAAUCUCUAUGACUGUCCUGUUGAUGAAAUGAUUGAAGAGACACCAACAGAAACACCAUUAUCACAAACAGAUCUCGAAACAAAGAAGAAGAUGUCUGGAUUGUUGAUCGCUUUGAUUGUUAUCGCUGCUGUUGAAACAAUUCUCGUUUGUCUUAUUUCCUUCUACAUGUACUUCGCUGGAAAGAAUAAAGAUUCAUCUGACGAAGAAGAAGACGGAAUUGAGUUGAAAGAAGAAACAGUUCUUAAUUCGUUUGAUGGAGAUGAGACGAACUUCAAUAUUAUGAUUGAUAAUCCAAUCUUCAACAAAGGAUUCCAGAACGAAAGUGAUCCAUUUGGAAGCGACUUUGAUGAUAAAGAUGAUUCUAAAGGUGAUCACUUCUUUGGAACUUUGAACUUCCAAGAAAACUAA